AAAAAUUAAACACAAUUGUCAAAAGAUUUUUUAAAUUGUCAAAAGUUCAAGUAUGGCUGAGGCUUGCCAAGUAGCCAGAAAACAAGAUUUGCCCCCUCCGGGGGGCUACAAGCCCAUCCCCUAUAAAAGAAUACCAGCAAAACAAUAUUUUAGUGGUUAUGCUAUGUUUGCUGGUUAUAUUGGAAUGACAAUUGGUGGAUUAUAUCUGUAUAAUAUAAAUUAUAAGCAAAUAAAAAGGGAUGAAAUUGAAAUGCGUUCAGCUAAAAUGGCAAUAUACCCAAUGCUGCUUGCUGAGAGGGACAGGGAAUAUCUGAAACAGCUUCGUCGUAAUCGCGACGCUGAGGCUGAGCUCAUGCGUGACGUACCUGGAUGGGAGGUCGGGACCUAUUAUGGCGAGCGCGUCUACAAACUCGUGCCCCCAGAUGCCCUUGUGGAGCCGAUCUUCCAUGAGUACUAUGCUCACAGUGACCCUGUCCAAUGGUACAAGAGAGCCUACCUCAAAUUCUUCUGCUGAUCGCGAUCUUUGGAGAUAUUUACAAUACAGUAUGGAUUUUGGUUUUGUAAACAUCUCUAGAAUAGUUGAAUUUAUCUAAAAAUCAAUAGUUUCCUGACUGUAGUAGCAUUUGUUUUGUCUGAUGAGAUGGAAAUAUGGAUAUGUACCCUAUUUGUUGCGUCGCAUAUAUUUAUUAAAAAAUAAAUAAAUGCAGUCAAAAAUCA